AAAGAGAUGAAGUAGUCAUUCAACAGUCAUGUUAACCACUAUUAUUGCACACAGAGUGAAUCCAGCAACUUAUUAUGUGGCUUGUUAAGCAAAUGUUUACUCUUGAACUUAUUUAGGCUUGCCAUAACAAACGGGUUGAACACUUAUUAACUCGAGACAUUUCAGCUUUUAAUUUUUAAUGAAUUUGUAAUAAAUUCUAAAAACAUCAUUCCACUUUGACAUUAUGGGGUAUUGUGUGUAGGCCAGUGACACAAAAUCUCGAUUCAAUCCAUUUGAAAUUCAAGCAGUAACACAGCAAAAUGUGGAAAAAAUCAAGGGGUGUGAAUACGUUCUGAAUGCACUAUGUAUUUGCAGACACGUGAAUUGUCUGCAAGAGUGCAGGGUGUGGUGUGGUGUGCAAGAUUUAUAUGCUCCAAUAAAUACAUGUGUACAUGCCUGUUUAAUUUCUUUUACUCUUUAUAACCAACAUUUUCUUCAAAUCUGAUCAGAGAUACGCAUAACUAUGCGCAACUAUGUAAAAAACGAAACAGUUUAAUGUUAAUUCCAAAAACGGUUUGAUAGGAAGUUCAUUAGCCAUUUCAAAGGUUUGUUUGAGUUAAGUGUAAAGACCAAGAUGUCUUCAUCGAACAGCAUGCUUGGCCACCAACGGCAAUAAAUCAAAUACAUUUAAUGAGUCUUGGAAGGGGGCACGCCUUAAAAAAGAAGAAGAAAUGGUUUCAUUUUGAAAAGGGAAACUAAAGGCUGGACUGAACAGUGAGCUGAAAACCUGAGCAAGUGAUGGAGAACAAACAUAUUUUUUUCUCCCAACAUCUUAUUGAAUAAUUGGAGAACCAGACAUAGCGACGUGAGUGAACAUUGAUACAAUGCAGCCUAUUAUUAAUACACCAUCCAAGCCAUGACCGAUUCUGGACCGUCAAGAAAAAUGUCACGGGCAAAGUUGGUGAUACUUGGACGAGACAACUGUGGAAAGACAGCCCUGUGUGUUAGAUUCAUCACCAAGCGGUUCAUAGGAGAAUAUGACCAUAAAAAGGAAGUAACUUACAGAUGUCGGAAAACUGUCGACAAGGAGACCAUCGAUUUGGAGAUAUUGGACACAGCCAACAAGGAGUGUGUGGGUUCUGCAGCACCUUCUCUGGAGAGUUCCAUUAAAUGGGGCGAUGGUUUCCUUAUUAUGUAUUCCAUCACAGACCGGAGCAGUUUUGAGUCUGUCUCACACUUAAAGAGGCUUAUUGAUCAUGUCAAGCAGACCCUAGGCAUACCUACUGUAAUAGUUGCGAAUAAAUGUGACAUGGAGAAUGGAAGGGUGGUGCGGACAGAAGAAGGAAAGGCCCUUGCCAGUGAUCUGAGGUGCAGCUUCUUUGAGUUGUCUGUGGCGGAGUGUUCUGUGGCUGUGGAGUUAGCGGUUGAGAAGUUGGUACGAGAGGUGCGCCUGGAGUACCAGCGCCACCUACUGGCCAUGGACAAACGCUCACGCAUGCUCCAGAUGAGGCACGCACUGAGCCGCAAGCUUACCCGCAGCAAGACCAUGCAGUGGUAACCAAGGCAGUUCAGUCUGGCCGCCUGAAGAUCUACUUAGCCAACGCUGUUAUCUUCAUCUGCGUUAUGCUUUAAGUUGACAGCGAGAGGUCAGUGGCUAGUUUCCUUAUAAAAAAAGCACACAGAAGUUGGAGAAGAACACAAUGGACAGCAUUACACAGACAUUUGAUAUAUAUGUACACAUUGUGUGUCUAUGGCUACAUAUUUGGGUUAAUGCACAAUUGCAUAAGGUUUCACACAGCUUUGAUAUGACACUUGACAACAUCAAUGGGAGUUUGAAAGAAAGCAGCUGAACAUGGAUUGGAAGUUGCACUUUGACCAGGAGGUAUUAUCUCUUACCACCUGUUUGACAUUGAAUUAUGGGUAACACCAUUAUUACAAAAACAUUAGACAUCCUUGAGUGUAAACUAAAAUGUUAUUUUGUUAGACAUUUUGGUGUCUAUAGUGUUCAUAAGGAGAACUGUCACACACUAAAUCUUGAUGGCUGUUUAUAAAAUCGGGAUAUAUUUUUUCAGAGAGAAGAGAAGUCCCAAUUACAACUUUGUAAUUUUAUUUAAAAAUGGUCAAAUAAAUAAAUACAAAUUGAUCGAAUGCUCCAAAAAUCUUGACUUACUCUGACACUGCAAUGGAAUUUGCCAAACACUGCAUACAAAUAGCUACAUAAAAUAACUAAAGUACAGGAAAGAGAUAAAGGAAAUCAGUGGAUCACAGGCAACAAAAAGGAUUGGUAACAAAACCGUAGUCAAAAAUAAAGAAAUACUUCUUUAAAAAAACGGUGAAAAAAUACAACUGACAAAUAUUACAAGAGAGUAUGCAGUUUGUGUAAUAAACCAUUUACACUAUAUUCUCGCACAUUAGUGCCUUUGACUUGCUUGAUUUGCUACAAUGCAUCUUAACAAAGAGGAAGAAUACUUUACGUUGAGAAAAAAAGCCUUCUAAAUUAAUAAAAUGAUAUGAGUGCAUGAAGUUAGAGGUGAGACAGUGGUUACAAGGAAGGGGGGUCUCCAUAUUGAUGGCAAUGAAAUGCAACUAGAAUACUUGAAGGCCACCGAUGUGACAUGAUAUAGCAUGAGAACAACUGUUUUCAGAACUAAUCAAGAUAUGCAGUGAAUCCAAAGUAAUACACUGGUAUGGAUGAAGAAUCUACUCAAUAUUGUUUUCCUAAUUGGUUGCUCUCGUUUGUGAAUAUUAUUUAGCUGGUGUACAUCAUAAAUGGGAAAUAAAAAAAGGCUUUAAAAUCAUUCUUUGGAUAUUAAUGUUGUUUCCAUUUUUUUUUUUUUUUUUUUACCACAACAUGACAUUUACUUUCUUUCACAGCACAAAGCACUACACAAUAUUUGAGUUGGCCAUACCACAUCCUCCCCGAUUUUCCUUCCUAAAUCAGAAAAGAAAAACAAUUACGCCCAUAAUAUUCAGCACUUUGCCUUCAAAGUUAUGAUCCAAUAAAAGUCACUAAUUGAUAGGAAUAUUUCAUUUCCUACACGAGUAAUUGGGGUACGUAUACAGUACAUGAAACAUUUAAUUGUACAGCUGUAGUUUUCAAUAGGCUGCUGUAAAACUUUACAUUAAGGUACCCUAUGCCCUUCCUCACUGGUCUAUAAAGUGUUACUUAUUAGUUAUAAUGGGUUAUGAACUCAAAUCUGUAAACUACUAAAUAACAGUCUAUAAACUACUUAUACAUAUUUUAUGAAAGGCACCUUAAAGUAAAGUGUUACCACGGUUGGAAAGGGCGAAAUCCAGUUCUAAAUAUAUGAAAAGUAAGAAUGGUUUUUAUAAGUAUAAUCAUGUCCAUACAAUCUAUUUGCAUAUGUAGGCAUAGAUUUGUUGAGGUUUUGACAGCUGUAGUUUUGAUGUUGGGCUCGCCAUGCUGAGCACAGAGAGGGGAGUGUAUUUGCUGAGAUCCUUAUUGUUUCUAUUGCGUUAUUGAGGCACUGAGAGCCACAUGGUCUAAGCUUCUGCACCAAAGUACACCAAAAAGGAUUAUAAAGGAACGAUGAAGAAUCCAAUUUAAAUGAUUUAACAAUAUUCAGGAAAAAUUCAAAAGCUUGGAAAUCAGGCCCUAAUUACACACAUUAAUGGUGUGUGUCAUCAUUGCUGUCACUUUUAUCAUUUGCAUCUUGCCCUGUGAAGAUGGCAAAUGUACAGCCAGGAGAGAGCUAAAGGAUGUAACACUGUUGAGUGUUCAACCAAAGGUGCAUUAUAAUAUUUGCUAAUUGCUUGUAUUUGAGGGACUUGGUAGAGGGAAAACUCAAAUAGUAGUUCAAAUCACAAAUCCUUAUUUUUCAUACACUGGCAAGUCAAGUCAAAACUAAAUCAGAACCCUCUUACAUGAUGACUAAGAGCAACUGACCCCUUGUGAAAACAAUAGAUUCCAAUUUGAACCUAUCUUUUCAGUUUGGUGCAAAGAGAAGUAGAUUUCCUGAAGUGGUUCAUCACAAAUAGACAAUAUUUCCAUAAUUCAGAGACACUCAAACAAGACCAACAAUACACCGAACACAUUUUCUUCACAAGGAGAAAGAAUUUCUUAAGGCAAUUGCUAUAAGAUGACAAGUACUGUAGGCCAAAAGGAAGAGUGGCCUCAACACAAGACAUUGGACUGGGCCAUCACUUAUUCUUUUAACUAACGCUUUCCUUUUGAUCUGGCUAUAGAUUCAAACCGCUUCGCAUCUUCUCUUGUGCUUUCCAGUUAAUUGCAUUAUUAUGCAGAUUUAUUUAUUAUUUUGAAACCAUUUUUUUUCAAACUUAACCCGUCUAAAACAUGGUUGGUCAUUUCAUGUCAAGAGAAAAUAUAAAAAACCUUCAAACUCUCUAGAAAAAGGCACCCCAGGGGAACCCAUACCGUAUGGUGUAGUACAGCAAGUAGGCUGUGAUGAAGGGAUAUGUUUACUGGCAGCCUAUUCCUCCAUUUCCAUUUAAUGUCCCUACUUUCUCAAGUGUUUCAAAACGAAUAUAUCGACACGUCAUUGCAACUCUAAGGACUUAAACAUGUAAAAUGGCAGAUUAUAAACAAAAGCUACACGUACUGUACAAAAGUGUCAAAUGAAAAGUGACUUGUCAGUGUUGUGGUGUAAAAUAUAGAUAAUGAAAAUGUUCAUAUUUACUUUAGACGUGUUUAUGGCAGGAUGAGGGUAUGUGGUUCGGUUCCAGUUUCUUUUGCCAAAAAGUUUGUGCUUUUCCUACAAGGUUCCUGACAGUUUUUCCAAACAACAUUCGGAACAAUGUCAUGGCCACACUCUCUUUUGUAUGCAUGGAACGGCCAUGCAAAAUGUGUGCCUAUGUAUGGGGACUCCUAAUUGAAACCUUAAAAAACAUUAUGUAAGAAAAUAGGACUGUUUCCCUGCUGUAUUUGGAUACAAUAGCAUUUGGCAGUUAUGAAUUCAGCAUAUUGAAUGGUAAUUCAAUUGCAAGGAACAUCAAAAAAGAAAGAAAGCUAUUUACAUAGUAUUUUCCAGUUCUAAUAUAUUUGAUACGAAACCAAGGUAAUGCGAAACAGAAAAGCACUUUUGAAGAAGCAUAUCUCCAUGUUUGAAAACUAGGAAGACCUGAAUAUAAACAGAUUCCCCCAGAAUAAAUUGUUAGUUUCCUUCAGCAACAGAUCCCAGGGGCAUAACAAACGGACACAAA